AUGGCGGAUGCACUACUUGGUCCCGUUGUAGAAGUUCUAGUGGAGAAGGCAAUAAAUUUGGCUUCUGAACAAAUUGGCCGGUUUGUUGCAUUCAAGAAAGACUUGGAGAAACUGAGGGAUACGUUGACUCUGAUCCAGGCUCUCCUUCAUGAUGCAGAGGAAAGACAGGUGACUCAACAAUUCGUGAAGCGUUGGCUGGAGAAGCUUGAACGUGUGGCUUUCGAUGCUGGUAAUCUGUUGGAUGACAUCAACUAUGAGAUGAUCCGGCGCAAAGUUGAGAUUCAAAACCAAAUGAAGAGGAAGGUAUGCUUCUUCUUCUCACUCUCCAAUCCCAUUGCAUUUCGUUGCAAAAUGGCCAACAAAAUUCAGAAAAUCAGUAUGGAUUUGGAAAGAAUCAAUCAAGAAGCAUUGGGCUUUGGCCUCCAGCCACAGAUUGGAGCUAGAGAUGCGCCUCGUGUUCUUCUAAAGAAUAGGGAGACUGCCUCUGUUACUAUUGAUGUGAGUUUUGUUGGAAGAGAAAAUAAUGUCUCAGAAAUAGUAAAAAAGUUGGCUGCCCCAAAUAAUGAUGAAACUAUCUCCGUUCUCCCUAUAGUAGGGAUGGGCGGGAUCGGGAAGACUGCAUUGGCUCGAAAUGUUUUUAAUGAUCCAAAGAUUAAAGAACAUUUUGAGAAGAGCAUGUGGGUAUGCGUGUCGGAUGAUUUCAAUGCCAAUAGGCUUUUUAAGUUGAUGCUAGAAUCAUUGGAAGUACCAAUGACCGGAGUUGAGAGUAAGGAAGCCAAAGUCAAUCGGCUUAAGGGCUCAUUGGAUGGUAAAAGGUAUCUACUGGUCUUGGACGAUGUUUGGAAUAAGGAUUCCGGACUAUGGAAUGAGUUUCUUGGGUCUUUAAGGGGUACUAGCCAAGCCAUGGGGAGCUGGAUUCUUGUGACCACUCGUGAGCGACAAGUGGCAACCAUCACGAGAAUUUCUUCUCCUCAAGAUUGUUCCUUGAAAGAAUUAUCACCUGAUCAUUGUUGGCUCAUUCUCAAAGCAAAUGCAUUGGGUGCUAGGAAAGUGCCAAAUAGACAGCAAGAAGAUAUAGGGUUCAAGAUUGCAGAAAAAUGCCGAGGCUUACCAUUAGCUGCAAGCGUUCUCGGGGGCAUGCUGCGCAACAAGGAAAUAGAUGAAUGGCAGAAAUUAGAGAGUGGGCUUCAAAGAGGUGAAAAUAAUGGCAUUGAUGAAAUUUUGAAGUUGAGCUUUGAUCAUCUGCCAUAUCCAUCUCUUAAAAAGUGUCUUGCAUAUUGUUCAAUUUUUCCCAAGGAUUUUCAAAUGGGAAAGGAUCAACUGAUCCAACUUUGGGCGGCAGAAGGAUUUCUUUAUUCAAAUCCAAGAAACAAUAAUAUGUGUAUGGAGGAAGUUGGUAACAUGUAUUUUACCAUUUUGUUGGAUAGUAACUUGUUUCAAGAUGCAGAGGAGGAUGGUUCUAAAACUUUGAGGUUGACAGAGUCUGGAAGUGAUGACCAGGGGACGUUUCCCAUCCAGUAUCUUGCACUGGAGAGAAGUGGAGAAGAAAUGCCAUUUCCUCCCUCUGAAAGGUUCAAGUGUAUUACAACAUUAUUUUUGUUGGAAGACAGAUCACUUAAUGAUAGAGAGAUAUCAUUUUUUAUGUUGCGAGUUUUGAGUUUAAGGUCAUCAAGUGUCGAGGAGCUUCCUAAAUCAAUUGGGAAGCUAACUCAUUUGCGGUACCUUGAUUUAUCCAGACCUUCAAUCAAAAUAAUGCCAGACUCUCUUUGUCGACUUUAUCAUUUGCAGACAUUAAGAGUUGAAGGUUGCGAAUCAUUGACAAAGUUUCCAGAAAAUUUCACGAAUUUCCAAUUUGAGGCACUUUGA